UGAGCAGAGCAUCAGAAGUAUUUGGGGCAGAAAAAGCAGAGAACGCAAGACAAGCACCAACAUAUUUCUCUUCUAAUCAUUUGGGAACACACCCACCACAGCAUAGAGAAUCCCCUUUGAUGGCAGUGGGAGGAGAACAAGGGGGGGAUGGAGAAUGCAUGACUGAGGCUGGAGAGGAGUUGGUUCCUUGGGUGGGAGCAUGUGGGCGGCUGGAGCAGAGCUUUGCCCUGCGGCACAGUGCGGGGGCGUGGGGACACCUGCACCAGGUGUGUGUGCCUGCACUUGGGAACAAGUUACACUGCAUGGCUGCCACAGACAAUUUCCACAAGAUUCUAGAAUUACCUGUACUUUCAAGAAAGACCUUGCCAGGUUAGAACAGUGGUGCUACUUGUGAGAUCCCUUGUUUUGGGUAAGUAAACCCAAAAAAUGAACCAAACUGUAGCCCUUUGGAUCCCUUUCUUGGACUUCAGGGAAAGUCUGACAGGACCACACACAGACCACCACAAUCAGCUGUCCUGCUGUGCAUGAUGGGAUUAACACAGAUUGAAGAUGAAGAAAAAACAAAGAGAAAGUGGUUGGUGCUCCCAGUGAACUGAAAAAUGGGAAAACAUCAGUGGAGUUUGCCUAUGAUCAGUUUGGAGAUUACUGAUAUCCUUUAUGUUUUAAUGACUUGGGUAUAAAAGUAGAAUUGUCCUGAUUACAUUUUUCAUCUGUUUUAUGCUGUGCAGAAGCCAGUGAAAAAAGGGCAAGACUGGAAGAAUUCAGUGCCAUAUGUUUGUAUUCUGUGCUCCUUUGACUAGAUACAGUUCUUUAUUUGAGGAAAAAGCGGCUGUGGUCUGUCUGGUGCACUGGUCCACUGGUGUGGUUUCGGGGACUUUUGCCCUCUGCCAGCAGUGACUGAUGCUGAGGGCUCUCCAGAUGGGCACCACUUCUCACUGGAGAGCAGAGGCUGAGCAGCAGGACCAGCUCUGCCUUGAGCCCCAGUGUCACCGACAGGCGAUGUGUCCUAAGUGGGCCAUGACACCCUAAAGUGUCCCUGCGUUUUCUGCUGCUGCCCAGGCAGGUGGGAAGGGAUGCACCAGAAAGUGCCACAGUGAAGAAAGUGCCAGUGACCCAUUGCCAGUGAGGCCUGGAAAACUGCUAGAGGUGAAGGAUAAACAGAGAAUCAGGUAGAGCAGGACUUCAGGGUGAGAACCUGUUCAAUAGGAGUUCCUCGGCUCUCCUGCUACAUUUCCUGGUUAUUGUGAUGUUAAUUGUGCAGCUUCCACCCCAAAUAAAUGCAGGCUUUUGUACUUGUAGCACCAGAGGCCUUUCAAAGGAAAAUGGAAGGGACUUGAGAGGAAUGAAAGAGACACUGAGGUUACAAGAUGGUGACAAAGCUGAAGGUUCCUGUGAACGGUGCAGCAGAAAGCUACAGCUGCAGAGCUAAAAUGGAAUAAAUGUCAGCCUCCAGGGAGAAGUACCGUCCUGUGGGAAAGGAAACAGCCGAAGGACAGCACAGGGGCAGGUUUCAGAUCUGAGGAAGCAGAGAGCGAACAGCAGCACCCUGAGCUCACAGCCAGUGGGCAGAGCCAGGCAGUCACCUCCCUGCAGCCGCAGGUCUGUGCAGAGCUGCCAGAGAUGCAGCGUCAGAGGCAGCUCCCUCUGAUGCCAGCAGAGACCAGCGGGAUCUGAGCUGCCACUCCACUGACUUGGGACCAGGUGUCACUCAGGGGAAAGGUGCAAGAGCCAGAAAAGACGUCUGAGGAGGCCUUGAGUGCAUUGUCUGCUGGACCGGAAAGAUAAUGGAGAGCACGGGAGGGCCGUAUCUGAACACAGCUGCGGUGACUUCCCCUGUAGGAAUAGCUCGAUUGCUGCAGAUGACCUUCGGAUGUACCACAUUCAGCCUGGUUGCCCACCAAGGGGGCUUCAGUGCCGCGUAUGGCACCUUCUGCAUGUUUGUCUGGACCUUCUGCUUUGCCAUCACCGUGUUCAUCAUUGCCUGUGAGUUCACACACCUGCACAGCUGCCUGAGCCUCUCCUGGGGAAACUUCACCGCUGCUUUUGCCAUGCUUGCCACACUCAUGUCCAUCACGGCUGCAGUGAUCUACCCACUCUACUUUGUCCAGGUGGGCUGUUACCCCAUCGGCUGUGAGGUGAGGGAUUUCCGUAUCGCAGCCAGUGUCUUCGCGGGCCUUCUGUUUGUCGCCUACGCCACUGAGGUGUUCUUGACCAGGGCAAAACCGGGACAAGUCACCAGCUACAUGGCCACUAUCUCUGGACUCUUGAAAAUCGUUCAGGCCUUUGUGGCCUGCAUCAUCUUUGGGGCACUAGUGAACGACAGCCAAUAUGGUAAAUACGUGGCGACGCAGUGGUGUGUGGCUGUCUACAGCUUUUGCUUUGUGGUGACAGUGGUGGUAGUGGCUUUCAGCGUCACAGGUAAGACUGCCUUGCUGUGGUUCCCUUUUGAGCGUUCUGUGGUCAUCUACACCUUUGGGGCCGUGCUGCUCUACGCGAGUGCUGCGGUCAUCUGGCCAGUGUUCUGCUUUGACAGCAAGUACGGCUCCCCACAACGCCCUGGCCUCUGUGCCAAGGGAAAGUGCCCCUGGGACAGCCAGCUGGUGAUUGCCAUCUUCACCUAUGUCAACCUGCUGCUCUAUGUCUUGGACCUGGCGUACUCCCAGCGCAUCCGCUUUGUCUCACACCUCUGAAUUGUGGGUUGGCCUCUGUGGAGACAUCUCAGUGCUGUGAAGCACUGCAGGUGCAGAGGGAUGGGGCGAGGGGCAGAGAGGUGCUGGGCAGGCACACACACAACACCAUCAGCCAAACUUUGAGGUGAGGACUGACUACACUAACACGUUAAUGACCUGGAGCAGGUGGGCUGCAGCUGGUGCAAAGCACAGCCCAACUCCCCCAUGGCUCUGCCUCGCCUGCCUGGUGCCAGUGCAAAGGAAUUACACAGCUCCACGUGCAUCUGCAGGCAGCAGGAAUGCUUGUAGCCUCAGCAGCGGGGCUGCAGGCGGCCAGGUUACUGAGCCAAAUAUUAGGAAAGACACCAAGGAUUUUGAAACUGCUAACCAGUAACCAAGUGACAGCUCAAGAAGUGGAAAAGUUAAAAGCUGCAUGAAGGAACACCAGGAGAUGAAAAUCAAUCCCUCGGAGUUUGGGUUAGUUUGGACUGUGUUGUGAGACGUGGAAUGCCUGAAAGUGUGAGCAGUUCCAGUCUGGGUGUUUCUGAGAAGAACAUCAUAGCCAUCACAGUAUUUUGAAGGUUGCCAGUCUUUUCCCUUCCUCUCCUUUGCUGUCUAGCACAGAAAAGGAAUAUCCUCAAGUACACACCUUGGAGGAGGCCUAUUUAAUUUAAUAUUCCUAUUUAGCAAACACUGAUUAACUACAGAAAUGAAACUUAGUGAAGUCAGGGCUCUACUGCUGAAAACCAGGUUGCAGAGCAGAGCCAACCUGCAAAGUGACUGUGUGUGACCUACCAUCCUCACCUGAGUAGCACAGAAAAUACCUUGGCACAUGCUCCAUCUUGAUUCAUGGGCCACCACUUCUUUACACUGAAGUCAGGGGGUUUUCUUCUGUAGGCUGGAAGAAAAAUUCUGGGGGCACAGGAUAGGGGAGGCAGAGACCAAUUGAUCUCUCAGUGCUGCACGAGAGACCAAACUGGGCGGGGAGGGGACAUGGCCAGGAUGGGACGUGACAGAACUUGCACAUGGUACCCCGGAGCAGCUCAAGUGCAGGAUUCCUGAGCACUCUGCAUCACCAACUAGCCAAAUUUCUCACACCCAUCCCUGACAAAACACCCACUUUAAAGUUCCACACUUCUCAGCUCAGAUUUCAGGCCCCAUAGGAAUCUUCAUUUGUUCCAGGGAGAAGCCAGAGUGUCCAAGUGAUUGUGCAGUACAUGCAGACUUGAGCGCUUUGAUUAAAAUCUCCAGUAGCUGCCUGUUAAGCAAGAUUUAUGGUUUAACCAAAACAAAAUAAAGCUGAAUGGCAGAUGUAUGCUUACAUCUCCUGA